ACUCUCAGCAAUAUCAGAUGGCUCAGGCUAUAGCGCGUCUGACCGUAUGUUUGCUCCUCCUUUGCGCCGUGAUAGUUGCAGAGGCAGGACCUCCAAAGCAGAAGAAAGUGAGAUGCAAAGACAAAAAGUACACAAAUUGUUACAAGCUGGACAGGUAUUGCCCUACUUCCUGCCCUCGCACGUGUGUGGUGGAUUGUGGCACGUGCCAACCCGUCUGUACGCCGCCACCGCCACCACCUCCAUCCCCGCCGCCACCACCACCAAAACCGAAGAAGCAUUCACCUCCUCCUCCUCCUUCACACCGGCCGCCGCCGCCUCCUAAGACUUCUCCUCCUCCUCCGACUGUUACCACUCCUCCAAAUUCUUCUCCACCACCUCAUCCACUGCCUAAGUCUCCUCCUCCACCAUCUCCUCCGACUGUUACCACUCCCCCAUCUUCUCCGCCUCCUCCAUUUCCUAAGUCUCCUCCUCCGACUGCUAACACUCCCCCAUCUUCUCCGCCUCCUCCACCACCUCCUGCUUCGAGUUCGGGAGGAAAGAGAGUUAAAUGCAAGAACAAGAACUACCCUCACUGCUACGGUAUGGAGCAUAGUUGUCCUAGCGGCUGCCCCGAGCAAUGUGAGGUUGACUGCGUCACCUGCAGUCCCGUUUGCAACUGCAACCGACCUGGCGCUGUGUGCCAAGACCCGCGAUUCGUCGGCGGAGAUGGACUCACCUUCUACUUCCACGGCCAAAAAGACCGCGAUUUCUGCAUAGUUUCCGACUCUAACCUCCACAUCAAUGCCCACUUCAUUGGGAGAAGAAACGAAAACAUGAAGAGGGACUUCACUUGGGUACAGUCUCUAGGAAUCCUCUUUGACACUCACAAACUCUUCAUCGGCGCCAGAAAGACACCGACGUGGGAUGACUCCGUCGACCGCCUUUCCCUCGCGGUCAAUGGCGAACCGAUAUACCUCCUUGACGGCGAAGGCGCCAAGUGGGAGUCCAUAACAUCUCCAAGAAUCGCAAUCAAAAGGAUUCACGACACCAACUCUGUAGAAAUUGAAGUCGAAGGUAAUUUCAAGAUCAAAGCAACUGUGGUUCCUAUAACAGAGAAAGAUUCACGUGUUCAUAAUUACGGGAUCACGCAAGAGGAUUGCUUCGCACACCUUGACUUGAGCUUCAAGUUUUACACGUUGAGUGGCGGAGUUAAUGGUGUUCUGGGCCAGACUUAUGCGAGCAAGUAUGUGAGCAGGGUGAAGAUGGGUGUGCUGAUGCCUGUUUUGGGUGGUCAGAAAGAAUUCUCCUCGUCAAGUCUCUUUGCCAGGGAUUGUGCAGUAGCCCGAUUUACUGGUCGGUUUACAGAAGGCAAUUCUUUGGAGAAUUCAGAGUAUGGUAACCUGAAUUGCGCUAGUGGGAUGGACGGCCGUGGAGUAGUUUGUAAGAGAUGAUGAAAUUUCUUUCUGAGUAAAGAACUGUGGAAUUGGAGCUCUUUUAUUACAAAAUAUUCAAUAAGGCCAGGGUGAAGCAACAUAAUAUAUGUCUGGCCAUUUCAAUAUAUAAUGUA